CGCCCCCCGCGGCCGCACUGACCGGGGCGCGGGGUCGGUCCGGGGCCGCUCCGGGGCCGCCGCCGCUGCUUCUGCACCUUCAUCAUCGUCACCGCCGCCAUGGGCUCCGUGCAGCAGCGCCUGGAGCGCUUCCUCUACAGUCCCGGGCCGAUCGGUGACCUGCUGGCUCAGCUGGAAGCCCGUACCGGCGUCCAACGGCUCUACCUGGCCUCAGGUUCCGUGGCUUUCCUGGGGCUGUACCUCAUGUUCGGCUACGGCGCUUCCCUGCUCUGCAACAUCAUCGGCUUCGUCUACCCCGCCUACGUCUCCAUCAAAGCCAUCGAGAGCCACAGCAAGGAGGAUGACACCAUGUGGCUCACGUACUGGGUGGUGUACGGCGUCUUCAGCGUCGCCGAGUUCUUCUCCGACCUUUUCCUCUACUGGUUCCCCUUCUACUACGUCGGGAAGUGCGUGUUCCUGGUGUGGUGCAUGGCCCCAGUGCCCUGGAACGGCUCCCAGGUCAUCUACCACAGCGUCAUCCGGCCCUUCUUCCUCAAGCACCACAGCGCCGUGGACAGCGUGAUGGGUGACAUCGGCACCAAGGCCCUGGACGCCGCCUCCACUGUCACCCGAGAAGGCAUCAAACCAUCCCUGAACCUGGCGGAGUUCCUGCAGAAGGCGAAGUAAGAGGAACAUCGGGGCCUCUGGUACCGGCACUACAGCCCCGGUACCGGGACAAGUACCGGCACCAGCGGCUCCAGUACAGGCACCACGCUCCCAGUGCUGGUACAGGCAACCCCGUUCUGGCACCGAAGUCCCUCAUACUGGCACUAGAGACGCCGGUACCGGAACCAUGCUCGCAGUACUGGUACCGGCAUUCUCCGUUCUGACACCGAAGUCCCCCAUACAGACGCUGGUACCGGCUCCCAGUGCUCCGGCACCAUGGCCCUGUUCACAGUACCGGCACCGUGCUCCCGGUACCGGCACCAUGGCGCUGUUCACGGUACCGGCACCGUGCUCCCGGUACCGGCACCAUGGCGCUGUUCACGGUACCGGCACCGUGCUCCCGGUACCGGCACCAUGGCGCUGUUCACGGUACCGGCACCGUGCUCCCGGUACCGGCACCAUGGCGCUGUUCACGGUAC